AUGCCAGACAUAGCCACCCGCCGCAAAAUCUGCGAAGACACGAUUAAGCGAUCAGAACACAUCGCAGAAGCCACACCAGGAGCCUCUUUAUCAAGCACCUUUAUCACAAGCUCUACAUACCCCGAACUCUCACCCUUGGACCCUGGAUUUCCAGAUCUUCAACUCAAGCCAAUAGAAGUCAUCGACUCAGACUCUUUCCUCUGCGCCCGAACCAUCCUGUCCACAACCCCAGCCUUGCGCAACAAAAUCGCCGUCUUGAAUCUCGCCAGUGACGAAGAACCGGGAGGUGGAUGGAGAUACUCAUUAAGCAUGACGCAAGAAGAAGCAUUAUGUUACUCCUCCACCUUGUUUCAGACACUGAAGCCAGAAUGGUAUCCUUGGGCAAACACUGGAGAAGGCAGUAUAGCAGGCAUAUUCUCACCGAAGAUUGUUGUAUUCAAGGAUACUCUGGACAAUGAGUGUGUUGAGUUGAGUGAGGGAGAAAGGGUGAUGGUUUCUGUGGUUACGGUCGCGGCACCCAGACGUCCAAGACUUACGGAGGAUGGACAGCGGUUCAAGGAUCAGAGUGUAUUGGAGGAGUUUCGGGAUAAGGUGAGGUUGGUGUUGAGGUGUGCUGCUGGAGAAGACAAGACUGGGUUGGUAUUGGGGGCAUUGGGGUGUGGCGCAUACGGGUGUCCGCCGGGGCUGGUUGCGAAGGAGAUGAAGGAGGUGCUUGAGGAAGAAGAGUUCAGGGGUUGGUUUGAGAAGGUGGUGUUUGCGGUCUAUGCAAAGGGCCCUGUUGGAAAAAGAAACCUUGAGGUAUUCCGAGAGGUGUUUGGUGGUGGGCAGUGA